AUGGUAGAUGCGAAGGCACUUGUAUGGUGCUGCUUCGCGCAGGAGGUGCGCCAGGUGAUUUUAGAUGGAGCGCCCCCAGCGACUGUUUUUGGAGCAGACUUGUCCAGCGGCUUUAUGGACCUAGGCUAUGAUCUCUUCCUUGAUAAAGAGAAGCUCGGUGCUAGGUUUGUUCAAAGCGAUAUUUUCGAUGAUCAGUCAGCCCUAAGAACAGAGUUCCACGGUGGACUUGAUGUCAUUCACGCUAGCAAUUUCUUCCAUGUGUGGGAAUGGGGAAAGACAAUUGAAGCCGCCAAACACGCCGUCAGUCUACUGAGCAGCAAGCCUGGAUCAGUAAUUUUGGGAACACAGGUGGGUACCAAAAGAGCUAGGAAGGUGAUAUUUCCUCAUAUGAAGGGCAGAAGUGCUUUUUUCCAAACCCCAACAACCUGGAAAAAGCUUUGGGGCGUGGUUCAACAAGAUAUGGGCUUUCAGCUCGACGUCCACGUCACUGAAUCAUACAUUCCUGAUAAAGACGAGUUUGAAUGGCCUGAAGAGCUAGAAUUCACCCGCUUGCACUUUGUCAUCACAAGGGUGUCAUGA